AUGGACAAAUCAAAAUUAUCUUUAAAAGUCGACUCGGAGCUUCCUCCACAUGAGUCUGAUACUCUACCAAAGCAAGAUGAUCAUACAGUCAUUACAAACAUCGAUAUCGACUCCGAGGCAGAGAAGGCCCUGGUCUGGAAAUUUGAUCGUCGUAUAUUGCCAGUACUAGCUAUGAUGUAUCUUUUCAACAGUCUCGACAAGUCAAAUCUGGGAAAUGCGCAUACAGCAGGAAUGGAUGAUACCUUACAUCUUGUUGGAAACCAAUACAAUAUGGUUCUGAGCAUCUUCUAUAUCCCAUAUGUGUUGACAGCGCCCUUCCUCGGCCUGCUGGGCAAGAAGAUUGGUCCCAGCAUUUUACUACCGUGCAUGAUGAUGACAUUUGGUCUUUGCACCAUUCUCAUGGUCGCUGUUUUCAAUUUCAGUGGUCUUCUUGCCCUUCGAUGGUUUUUGGGAAUGGCGGAGAGUGCUUUCUUCCCUCUUGUUAUCUAUUAUCAGACAACUUUCUACCGUCGAGGAGAGCUCGCGCGUCGUCUCUCAAUUUUCUAUGCCGCACAAAAUAUUGGAUCCGCAUUUUCGGGAUUACUCGCCUUCGGUGUCUUCCGCAUACAGAGCGGACCUUUGGCAUCAUGGAGAUAUCUAUUCCUGAUCGAAGGUGGAGCGACUCUGAUUUGCGCUGCUUUCGCCUUUUGGUAUCUGCCCAAAUCAGCUGCCGAAGCCACCUUCUUAACGCCAGAGGAGAAGGAACUGGCAUAUCUGCGUCUGCAGAUGGAUAGUUCGGCUGUUGUCAAUGCGAAGCUGAAUAUUCGGGACGCAUUCCGCAUCUUCAAACACCCUACUAGCUGGGUCAUCCUGGUCAUUGAAAUGUGUCUUGGUGUUCCUCUCCAGGGCGUUUCACUCUUCCUGCCUGUUAUCAUUGGGCGUCUGGGCUACAGUACUGUCAAGACAAACUUGUACACUGUCGCACCCAACGUCUCUGGAGCUGUGGUCUUAUUGAUCCUGGGAUUCUGCAGUGAUUGGACCAGAUGGCGAUUCCCGUUCAUUGCUUUGGGAUUUACGUUCACUUUCCUGGGUAUGGUGAUCUACGCCGUGAUCGAUGUUCAAACAGAUCUCAGCGUGGCCUAUUUCGCGUCCUUCCUCAUGUGUUGGGGAACGUCGGCACCAUCUGUCCUUCUUGAUGUGUGGUACAAUAAUAAUAUCGCCAACGAGGGACAGCGUGUUGUCUUGACUAGUAUCGGUGUCCCAGUCGCGAAUCUGAUGGGUGUCGUUGCUUCGAAUAUCUUCCGUUCUCAGGAUGCACCAAAAUACCUCCCCGCUUUAAUCACCACUGCUUCUAUUGGUGGUGUUGGAAUCCUCCUGACACUGUCUCUUGGAUUUUGGAUGAUGUGGGAUAAUAAGAGGAGAGAUCUGGCUCAGGGAGUCCAUGUUCGGGCAAGGGAUAUUCCAACGGAGAAUCUCCAGGAUGGUCCUGCGAGCGACUGUUUCCGAUGGUUUUAUUAA